ACAGGGACUCAGCGAGGAACACACACAAACACACACACACACACACACACACACUCAUAAGCAGGGAGGUUGCUCAGUGACUGACAAGCCUGUCUGUCAGGUCAAUUUGGAAGCAGUCUGGCCGGAGUUCAGACAAUGACAUCUCUGUGUGAGUGUUGCUGAGUGUGGGACUGGAUCAUACCUGGUCACUUCACCUGCAAAGGAGGGAUCUUCAGGCCGCUGGACUCUCUCCACCUCCACCUCCACCUCCACCAGCAGCAGCAGCAGCAGCAGACUUGACAGGGUGGAAUUUCCCUCCUCUUCUCUGGCUGGAGCCGGGGGCAGAUGGUCGCUCUGAGAGUCUGAGCAGACCUCAGGAAGGAGAGUGAGAGGAAGGGUGGGAGGAGGGCUUGAGAGGGAGAGAGAGAGAGAGAGAGAGAGAGAGAGAGAGGAAGACAAGCCAGGGGUGGACAGACAGAGGAGACAUGCUUCGCUACGGUUCAGGACGAACUGUUUCCACCAUCACCACCACAGAGAGCUCUCCAGAGACUGAAAGUCCGAGGAGGACCAGACGCCUGAGGUUGACUCUCCAUGCAGGGGAUCAGGAGAAAAACACAAGCUCAGACACAGCUGAGAGAGAAAAAGAUGUCAGUGGGACAUGGAAGAAGAAGAAUGGGCUCAUCCAGAGGGAGAGACCAGCUGGCAGCGAGUCGCCUCAGCAGCUCGGAGACAUGACCAAUGGGGUGCAGGCGAACGCUCUGCAGCAUCAUGGGCCCAAAGUGUACGGUGUGGUGCAGCGGACGGGCUCAAACAGACAUGAGGAGGUGAUGGCGCGACAGUGGACGGUCGACCAUCUUCAGGAUGAGAUGAAGUAUAUCAAGGAGGUGAGAGACUCUCUGGAGAAGGUGAGGGAGCGGAUGUAUGGGCAGUUUGGAGGAAUGCAGCAAUCAAUGCAGAAGCUUUCACAGGAAAUCAGGGCUGCUAACGCACAUCGAAGGAGUCUGGAGUCAGAGGUGAAGGUCCGGACUGCAGCUAUGGAGAGCUUCGAUCAGAUGAACAGCUCCCUCAUAUCAGCAAACAUCGGCCUGCAGAAAUCUCUUCUGGAGAACUGUCAGGGCCGAGUGGACACGAAGGACGAGGUGAAGACUCUGCGGAGGACCUAUGAGAAAGCUCAAGAACAGCUCAGAGACAAGGAGCGGGAGCUGGCAGCAGCACAGGCCGAAAACCAGACUCUGAGACUGCAGGUGGAGUCUUCACAGGAGGCCAACACUCAGGCGCUGCACGACCUCUCGGCGAAGCUGCAGAAGGAGUACGAAGAAAAGCUGCGGGAGGAACAACGGAAACACAGGGAGGAGAUCGAAAACCUACAGGCACAGCUGGAUGAGUACAUCAGGCGACUGGAGGAGGCAGAGAGAAACAUCAAGAUCGCAGAGGCCAAGAUAGCAGAGAGAGACCAGAGGAUCAGUGAAGUGGAACGUCUCCUGGACUGCAUGGGAAUAGAGAAGAGCCAACUCCAGAAGAAGCUGCAGGAAUCUGAACAGCGCCUCCGCUUGUUGGAGCUCUCAGAUAAAACCGAUCGAACGGUGGCCCAGAGGUCCAAAGAGCUGCAGAGUGAAACGGUGGACCUCCGGGAAAGGAUCAAGCACCUGAACGACAUGGUGUUCUGCCAGCAGAGGAAAGUCAAAGGAAUGAUCGAGGAGGUUCAAACGCUGCGAGGUCAGGUGGCUCAGAAGGACAUGUUUAUCUCCGAGCUGCUGGACCGGAUUGCGAUCGUGGAGUGUGAGAAUAAUGAAUUAGAAGCCAAGCUGAAGUAUUCUAUGUCCACACAGAAUAGGCCACGAGAUGUUGUGGACACCAGGGAGAUAGGAGUAGGCUGCGAUCUGCUCCCCAGACGUGAAGCACAGACGCAUGUUUCUGAAUCUGCUAUGAGCGAAACAAGUCAUCUCCAUCACACCACACCCUCCCUACCUGCUCAGCCUCCAUCACCCACUGAACUCCCGCCUCCCACCCCUCCCUCACCCACUGACCCCCCCUCACCCAAGCAGCCCUCAUCACCCACACAGCCAUCUUCACUCUCACAGAGGCCUUCCUUCUUCCAGCCGUCACCCCCCUCAUCUCCCAUCCAGCACGCGUCCUACUACCUAACCACGCCCACCCAGCCCAGGACAUUCAAGUCUAACAACCCUCCGCCCAGCAGGCUGGAGUCCAGUUUACUGAAGUACACUCCUGUUGAGUACAGCCGCUACCUGGAGUCCAACUCCUUGGUGCCACCGAGUGGGGCCUUCUCCUACAGCCGCCCGUCUGAGCCCGAGCCCCCCUCGAGUCCCGCGGCGUCCGGAGGGGACGAAGUGGAUGCGAGAACAGACGCAGACACAACGUCGAGCACGGAGGAGUCGCCUUCAUCUCCAUCCUCAUCUCGACCGCGAUCGAGAGCACCGCAGGUUUAUUCACCCUUCUUGAAACUGAUGGAAAUAACAGCAAAGAUUAACAUCGAGUGAUGGAAGUUAUAGUUUGGCAGUUUGAGAAAGUCAGGAACUAAGAGUGAGAAAACAGAAUAAUACUCUCCUUCAAUGCCACAAAGCCUUAUUAUUUGAAUGGUUUGAAUGUCUUUUGCUUGAAACUCUGGAAAAAGCUCAAUAAGGAGCCCUUCGUCACAACGGUGUGUUGGAACAGAGAGAAGAACAUGCAGGACUGUGACUCUUCAGGAUUCUUGUGCCCUAAAUUUAAUCAACCAGAUCAAUAAAGAUGAACAGACGCCUGUCGGCGGCAGAGCAGGGCGGCAUGCUGGUACAAAAACUGCAGGAUCACAACUAGCAGCAACUCAGCUCAACUUAGCAGAAAUACUAUAAACAGCUAAACGUUGAGCUUGUAGCUAUAAAAAAGAGCCCCCCCCAGCAUCUUAAUCCUAGUUACAAAGUGAAAAACUACAUUUUAUUGCAGUAUGAGAGAUAAUGGAGUCGAAACAGCAGCACAGAUUGGAAAUAGUCCCUCCUGGUGAAAAAAGCCCGAACCAAAUGAUAAAACCAAAACUGUUCAAAUUUAGUGUUGGAACAGACUUUAGGCUACCGUAAGUUAUUUAUUGAAGAAUUGGUGAGUAUUUAUUAAAUGCUUUCGCAUUAGAAAAAAAUAGCUUUUUGAUAUUUCUAGUGUUCCUCGCUAGCAGCACUUAGCAUUAUGGAUGUAUAAGGUCUUAUAUGAUGGUAGAACUCAUGAGAAGUAUUGAUCCUCUUUUUUAACUCUUAGCUAUAAAAAAAAUCCUGAAAUGUUAAACUAUAUCUUUGCCUCUUCUCUAAUUUUCAAAGAUAACCAUUAUUAUAGUUAUUAUCAUUAUUAUUAUUAUUAUUAUUAUUAUUAUUAUUAUUAUUAUUAUUAUUAUUAUUAUUAUUAUUAUUAUUGUUAUUAUUAUCAUUACUAUUAUUAUAGAAAAUAAUCUUUUAAAUCUGUUGGUGAAGCUGACUUUAACAGUCUUCUGUGGGUUUCUACCUGUAUUUGCACAUAACUCUGACAAUAAUAAUGUUGCUGGCUGUAAAUAGUGAGAUGAUCUGUAAACUAUACGUAUAUAUUUUUUUUUCUCAAAAACAUACUGAAGGAUCAUAAUGCUUUCGUUUACACUCAAAGUAUCGAUGUACAAUGCUCAUGCAGCUAUAAGCAGUCAGUCAUAAAGGCUGGCAGUACUAUUGUGUGUAUUUUCCUGUCAUUUUAUAUUUGCUCUGUACAUAUUAAAUGGACAUUAUUUUAUUACUGUCAUGUUAUGUACAUAAUAUUUAUUAACAUGCUCUGUGCCUUUCUGAUCAUGGUGACGGGAAUGAAUCUUGUUAAAUUGGCACAAUGUUAGAAGACUUUCUGAGUGAAUGAUGAAACUGUUUCUCUGAAGUUAUGAACUUUAAUGAGUUGACUGCCAUUCCUGAGCCACAGGCACAAGUAUUAUCCAGCGGCUGUCUGUACUGCCACAACUGUGUUUGGAAAAGCUUUAUGAUGUGCCUUUUCUUUAAUGAUACAUAUCACACUGAUGAUGAAAGGCCAGCUUAUGUUUGGAUAAUAAAGACAACACUGUGCAAGUA